UCCUGUUACACUUCUUGGCUGUGUGCACACAGCAGGAUCUGGAUACGACAGACUCCUCCAGCUUCAAGACACUCAACCAAGAAGAAGGAUGGCCAGUGCCUUCUCAAAGUUGCUAACUGGCCGAAAUGCUUCUCUGCUGUUUACUACACUGGGAACCAGUGCCCUGACCACUGGCUACCUGCUGAAUAGGCAGAAGGUGUCUGCUGAUGCCCGGGAGCAGCACAAGCUCUUUCCCCCAAGUGCAGACUACCCUGACCUGCGAAAGCAUAACAACUGCAUGGCCGAGUGCCUCACCCCUACCAUCUAUGCCAAACUCCGAAACAAGAUGACACCCAGUGGCUAUACCCUGGACCAGUGCAUCCAAACUGGAGUGGACAACCCCGGCCACCCCUUCAUCAAGACUGUGGGCAUGGUGGCUGGUGAUGAGGAGUCGUAUGAGGUGUUUGCUGACCUUUUUGAUCCUGUCAUCAAACUGAGGCACAACGGCUACGACCCUAGGGUGAUGAAGCAUCCUACGGACCUGGAUGCAUCUAAGAUCACUCACGGGCAGUUUGAUGAGCGCUAUGUGUUGUCCUCUCGGGUUCGCACUGGCCGCAGCAUCCGUGGACUGAGCCUGCCUCCAGCCUGCUCCCGGGCAGAGAGAAGGGAGGUGGAGAAUGUGGCCAUUACUGCCCUCGAGGGCCUCAAGGGGGAUCUGGCUGGCCGCUACUACAAGCUGUCUGAGAUGACGGAGCAGGAUCAGCAACGUCUCAUCGAUGACCACUUUCUGUUUGAUAAGCCAGUGUCCCCUUUACUAACAUGUGCUGGGAUGGCCCGUGACUGGCCUGAUGCCAGGGGAAUCUGGCAUAAUUAUGACAAGACAUUUCUCAUCUGGAUAAAUGAGGAAGACCACACCAGGGUGAUCUCAAUGGAAAAGGGAGGCAAUAUGAAACGCGUAUUUGAGAGAUUCUGUCGUGGACUAAAGGAAGUGGAACGAUUAAUCCAGGAACGAGGCUGGGAGUUCAUGUGGAAUGAGCGUCUAGGAUACAUUUUGACUUGUCCCUCGAACCUCGGGACUGGAUUGCGAGCUGGUGUCCACGUUAGAAUCCCAAAGCUCAGCAAGGUAAUGGAUCCACGCUUUUCUAAGAUCUUGGAGAACCUGCGGCUCCAGAAGCGUGGCACGGGUGGUGUGGACACGGCUGCAGUGGCGGAUGUGUACGAUAUUUCCAACAUAGAUCGGAUCGGCAGAUCAGAGGUCGAGCUUGUUCAGAUUGUUAUUGACGGAGUCAACUACCUGGUGGAUUGUGAAAAGAAGCUGGAGAGAGGCCAAGACAUCAAGGUGCCCCCUCCUCUGCCUCAGUUUGGCAGGAAGUGAAUUUAUUCCUCCAAGUUUAUGGGUAAUGUGUCUGCUGGUAUGACAGACACAGGAAGUCUCUGCUCUGAGAGUUUUUGUAGACUUGAAAACAUGUAAAAUUGUAGGUACUGUUAUCUUUACAAUAAAACUCUCCUUAAUAUC